GAUAUUCGGAGCGUUCCUUACCUUGCAGACAUGAACUGGGAUGCAGCGCUGCAGAAAAAAAUCACAGCGGGAUUUAUUCCCAAUAAAGGACGCCUGAACUGUGACCCCACCUUUGAACUUGAAGAGAUGAUUCUGGAGUCUAAACCUCUUCACAAGAAGAAGAAACGAUUGGCAAAACGACUGAAAGAAAAUAGGAAAGAUACCUCUGCGCUGAACGGACACCUUCAGCAACAUCUGGAAACAGUCCAGAAGGAGUUCAUUGUUUUUAACAGAGAAAGGCUCAAAAAAAAUGUAGGUGAAGCACAUCAGAAACUUGCAGAGAGACAAGAGCAGCACAAUGAAGAGGAUGAUGGAGUGAACAACAACUGGAUAAAAUCAACCCAAACACUGGCAUGUUAAUGCUUGCACUGGGAGCACAUGAAACCAAGUAUACCCUGGAUAUGAUAGGAACUCCAGUAAGAUUUUCAAAACCUCAAAAAAAGAAAGCAUCUUCAUCCAGUAAGAGUGUUUGGCAAACAAGUGUUGCUUGAGGGGAGAGAAAAGGGAGAAGAGAUGAGUGUCAUAUUCAUAACUAUAGGCUCGCUUAUGAGUGAUGAAAUAACACGUUUCCAUGCAAUUUCAGCUCUGUAGUGUCCAUUUACAAACAACAAUAACUUGCAUUUAUAUAGCACCUUUCAUGUCAGGAAGACAUCCCUCUUCUAAAAGACAUUCAAACCUGCUCUUCACAUUAACCAUACAGAAAUCUAUCCUAUUGUGGACACUAGCCCAUCUACCUUAUCUCCUGCAGGAAACUUCUGCACACUCCUUGAUACCCAAACAUAACUGAACACAAACGCCUGAAUAGUCAUCCAUCCCACACAUAUCCAUCCAAUAUUAUUCAUUCCUAUGUGUCUUCGUUUGCCGACAUACAUUUCCCCCCACCCUGAGUAUUUUAUCGGUCUUUGCUUACUCCUGUAACUUCCAAUACUGUUCCCGUUCAUUGUUACCAACCAAAUGAUCACCUGAUUUGAGUCUAAAGGAGUUAUUAGUUUGCCAAACACUUUUUCAUGAAGACUGUAACAAGUUAAUAAAGCCAGUUGCCUCGUGAAGAAAAAGCAAUUUACGCCAAGUCAACACGAAAUUGAAUUUUAAUGGAUUUAAAUGUUGACUAAACUGGAGAAAGAGUAUCCACAAAAUUCUCUGAUGGGACAAGUCGAUACACUGAUAAGGACCAUUUCAUUUAACCUGCGUCUUAACCUGCCUAGAAAUAUUUACCGCUGACUAAUGUAAUCCAGGGCUCAGCUGUUGUGAGCAACGGCACUGUCAUUGUUUAGCAGCUUUGAGUUUCUGUCACUCAAAAAACACAAUAGAAAAAUGAUUUAUAUGUUUCUGGUUUAAGCUUUAAUUCAUGGAUGUUACUGUUUGCAGGGGGUGAAAGUCAGUUUUUCAAAAGUUGUACAACUUUCAAAAUAUAAUAGCCUUUUGAGACCUAGA